UAACGGCCUCGCAGAUUUCCGUAUAUCAUCUCUUAUAUCGAUCAGCUAUAGCGAUGUUGAUUUCGUCGGCAUACAUUUUAUGAGUUCUUCGUGGCAAGAGACUCAAGCUGACACGCUCCCAGGCUUAAACUACAUAUAUGUUGCACUCAUAACGCUUUGGGUGUAUGACUACAUACUGUGCCUGCCCGAUACGGUCAACUUUCUCGCCGAUUCUCGAUGGGGGCUCAGCACAUUUCUGUAUCUAACUUGCAGCCACUUGCCACUUGCCUUCAUGUUACUGAAUAUGCUUGUGGUUUUUCAGCCUGAUGCCCCACUCCAUCUUUGCCGCUCUUAUAAUAUCGCUAAUAUUUAUAUAGGGAUAGUGACGAUGACUUGUGCUGAGUGCAUCUUCGUGGUCAGGGCAUAUGCAGUAUGGGAACGGGGGAGAUGGUUCGGGACGUUGGAGACUUUUGCAGUUGUUGCCUAUCUAGUGCCAAUUACGGUCAGCCUGCAACAAUUUAACUCGAAAAUCUCAGAGCCAUGCUGGAUCCCUGGCGUUACCGGAUAUCUGGAUACGGAGACAAGCACCAGAAUAUAUGUAGCAUUUGGCUUGCUGGCUAUGGCUGAGCUGCAAACAUUGUUACUUCUGUGGUAUCGCGUCAUCAAAGGUCUUGGUGGCUGGGGCAUGGACAACCGCCUUAUGCGUGGUCUCAUGAAAGAUAAUCUGCUGUACUGUAGCUGCGGCCUUGUUUUUUCUGUCAGCGUCAUUCUCAGCACAGUUUUCUUUCCAUUUACAGUUGGACACAUGCUUUUAGAGUUCGAGGUUGUUGUUCAAGCUCUCUUGGUCACGCGAAUGCACAGGAACUUUUGGAAAUCGAACCGUGCCUUUGGCAAUAUUCCCACAGAUAUCUCCCUCACAACAUGGAUGAUGGGAGCUUUAAAUUUUGCGUGACGAGACAAAUUUGCUUUGAAGCGUACCUGUACAAAUUAUAGAUGUGACCAUUGCGCAGGCUCUUAUACGAGUGAAGGCCAAAAAUGGACGGACAAUAUCUAUGAAAAAGAAGUCGAGUCGUACUGCAACAUGUGACAUAUAUAGAUGUUUUUGUUAUAUUCAUGAGACUGCAAUGCCUCAUACCAGGUCUGGUGCGGUCAUGGCGUAGUGGCCAGAGUCCUGACUCACAGGUAUGUAGUCCGCUGGUCGUAGUCCGUCCUCGAGAGAUAAAACUACCAACCACCACCUCCCACCUUGAGAGGUUUGGCCUUGAGUUUCCCCUCCACAAGUCAUUGACCGUCAAUCUUGACUAUGAAGAAUGCAAUAAUAAUACACGAGCGCCAGACAUGCACCCAUUUGCAGAAUAUUAUGCACCUUUUUAAUGACA